GAAAAGCAUGUCGAUGAAAUGGAGGUUUCAGAAACAGUGUACUGGAGUCAUUACAAUAAUAAACAACAAAUACUUCUGGUCGGAGAAGGAGACUUUUCUUUUUCUUUAUGUCUAGCCAAAGCCUUUGGCUCGGCCACUAACAUCACUGCAACUUCUCUCGAUACUCGAGAGGAGUUAGAGCGGAAGUACAAAGAUGCGAAGAAGAACGUAGAUGAGUUGGAGAGACGCGGGUGCACCGUGGUCCACGGUGUUAGCGUUCACUCCAUGGACACAGAUUGCCGCGUAGUCCGAUCGGUUUUAUAUGAUAGAAUCAUCUUUAACUUUCCCCAUGCAGGGUUUGAUUUUGGUCGCGAGCAUGAGAGCCGCACCAUCAUGAAACACCAAGAAGUGGUGAGAGGGUUUUUGAGGAGUGCUAAAGAGAUGGUUAAAUUAGAUGAGGUUGGUGAAGUUCAUGUAACUCAUAAAACGGCAUAUCCAUUUUCCAAUUGGGAUAUAAAGAAUCUGGGAAGAGAUUUGCAUUGUUACAAGGAAGUGAAAUUUAACACGUGGCAGUAUCCGGGCUAUUCCAACAAGAGAGGAAGUGGAAGUGAUUGUGACUCUAGCUUCCCCGUUGGAAAAUCUUCUACUUUCAUGUUCAGGAGAGGGUGGUACUUCAUACCCGGAACAAUAUAUUAA